AGCAAGAAACACAAACAACAAGCCAUGCCUUUGUGGUGUCUGAGAUUGUUUAGUCGCAGUGUCUUUGUGAAUCUCAGAAACAAUAAAAUGCACACAUCUGUGAGUAAUGGUCAUCAUGUUGUUGGAAGUAAUGGGAAGCACAAAGAAAGUUUUACAGUCAUUGUGGAGGGAAACAUAGCCAGUGGAAAGACUACAUUUCUAGAACAUUUCAAGAAAAACAAAAGUGUUGAGAUUUGUGAAGAGCCCGUGAAGAAGUGGAGAGAUGUCAAUGGAUAUAAUGCUCUGGCUAAAAUGUAUGAAGACCCGAGUCGUUGGGCAUUAACAUUACAAACCUAUGUACAGCUGACCAUGCUUGAGCAACACCAGAAAGAAACGGACAAGCCAGUAAAAUUGAUGGAACGUUCUAUAUACAGUGCAAAGUAUUGCUUUGUGGAGAAUCUUUAUAAUAGUGGUAUGAUGCCAGGCCUUGAUUAUACUGUGUUAACAGAGUGGUUUAAUUGGAUCAUUAAAAAUAACCAAUGUAAAGUCGACCUGAUAGUUUAUUUACAAGCUAAGCCAGAGACAGUGUUUAGAAGAAUCCAGGAGAGAAACAGGAAAGAAGAAACUAAUAUCACACUGGAUUAUCUGAAGACAUUGCAUGAAUUACACGAAGAGUGGUUGGUCAAAGGAACUAAAUUUCCCCUCCCUGCCAGAGUUUUGGUAAUACCUGCUGACAAGGACUUGGAGGAAAUGCACCAGAUUUAUAAUCAAAAAGAAAAAGAAAUUUUAUGUGGUGUGUCCUGAGGUUGUGCUUUAUAGAGUGUAUACAAGGACUUAGGUUAUGGGUCCCCUUCCUGUGGGGUUCAGUAAGAUAUAACUCUCAUACUGCCUGUGAAAGGAAUGGCAAAGGAAUGCUGUCUACCUCACUAUUGACACAAAACUUUGAUGUUAGGAUUUUUUAUGUCAUGAAGUUAAAAGAUGUAAAUUGUUCUCUGAUUGAUAAGUCAGUGGAAAUGGAGAAAAUUUGAUCAAAGAAAUCCACUCUUGAACAAAACUGCCCUCAUAUUUGAACAUUGUUAGAUUGGAAAAGAAAAAGAAUAGGGUAAACACUAUUACAAGUGAUCAAAUUUACUCAAACCCUAUAAUACAUAAUUUCAGUCUCUGAUAUAUUUCAUAUACAUGAUGUACAUGAAGAUUUAAUGAUCUGUAGAUUUGAUGUUGCAGUUCAAAGUUAGAACUAUUUCUGUCUUCUGUAGUAGUACAUUCAGAAGAUGAAAAAAAGAAAUAUGAAUUGUUUUGUUAUUAUUUCCAUAAUAUUAUCUUAGCUUUGUUCACCUUUUUCUGUUCAUUAUUAUUAAUUAUUUUACAAUCUAAUUCACUUUUCAGUUGUAACAUGUAGACAUGUCUUAGCUUCGGAUUGUAUAUUAUCUACAGUUUAUGUUCACUAUUAUUUAGAGAUAUAGCUCUGAAAUUUUACAAAGGACAAAAUGUGUUCAUCUUAUACAUGUGUAUGUUUUUUUUCAAUAUAUAUUUACAAUUUGCAUUGUUCAAUAUAUUUGAAAUUUGCAUUGUUAGUGUCUACUUUACAGGUUUUUUUUAUGAUAAGGCAUUAAAUCUGAAAGGAAAAUAAAUCCAUUUUCUGUACUAGUUGUAUAUGAUAUGUACAUUAAUUACCACAUUUAUUAGUUUUUAUAUGAUAUAUGUUGUUAUUUUUUAAGUAUGCCUUUUAGUACAUACAUGUAUAUGGUAGAAAUUAUGAAAUAAUAAGCAAUUGUUUUGUUGAAAUGACUGCCACUGAUAAAUAAUAAUCUCCCAUGAUUUUAUUAGUUAUCCAGGUUCAAUCAAGGGUGUACGGGGAUUUACCGUGGGUUGUAUUCCAU